AUUCGAUUAGAUCGGAAUUUUAAGAGCACCGCGCCAUGUCCGAUACAUAGGUUCAUGGUGGCUACCGUGGUAAAUGUUAUUUCCAGAUAUAGGUAGUAUUUGCAAUAGGACCGAGCUCGAGGGUAAAACUACAGACGCGGGGCAUCGAACACGGAAACAAGUCUGCAGAAGGGCAAGUGUCGGUUUCAUCGACGACGAUAUCGUGGUGGAAAGGGUAAUAGCGGUAUUGAUUGCAGCGGAACUUGACCGCGCAAACUCUCUGUCUGCCCUCAAUGAAAUGACGUGCUUACAUAUGGAACCACGACGGACGGAACGACGAUAAAAACCUGUGGAUACCACACCUGGCUGACACCUGCCAGUUGAAACGGUGAUGAUGACAUCGACCCUCUGCACCUGCACAUGGCUACUGCUACCCUGCUGCGUUCUCGUCACCCUCUCCACCGGUGAACUGAAUUUUUAUCGAGAUGGAAUCGCUUUUAGGCAAUUGAUGAAGUACCUCGAGGGGCAGAGAACGCAUUUUCUCUCACUGUUGGCGAAUCAAGCUCACAAGAAGCAUCAUUUGGGCUUGGAUCGUCAAAAGGAGAGGGAUAUUCUGGAAGCGUUGAUCAACAAAGGCAGCUUGGCGGAUAUUCAAAGAAAGGAGAAAGCAAAAGGAUGGAACUAUCGGCAAACGCGAUACAACGAGCCGAUCCACGAGUUGCCGCGAGAAAGGGAGCAUUAUUUUUCGUUAUACGAGCUAAACCCGCUCGAAAGUCCUUUGGAGUAUCCAAACUUUAAGUUGCCUUAUCUUCCCCGUGAAACGGAUGGCGAAGAAGUUGGGAAUUUUCAAGACGAUGACUACGGAUACGAUCGGAAUCCACUAUCGAAACAUUUGCCUUUCGACGAGACCAAUUUGGACAGGGGAAUGAAGGAGGAACCGUUGGAAUUUCACGGAAGGUACAGUAGUGGAUCGAUUAACGAGUACGGGAAAAAUGAUAUACAGAUACAAAAGUUGGAAGCGACCACUCCGGAUUUUACUUUCGACUCGAAUUUACACGAUAGACAACCGUUCGCUGUAAAGCCCAAUGAUCCCAGAUAUUAUCAGGAUGCUCCUUUUUUCGUAGAUAACAAAGAUAACUCGGAUUUUGAGCAAUCGAUGAAAAAUAACACGAAGUGGGAACGAGAGAAUACAGCGAUUGGAAAAGGACACACGAUGCAACAGGAGAAGGCGAGAGACAUGGAGUCGAAAUUUAAGGAUACGUCGGUGAUCGUGAUACCGGAGUUGGAACGACGUAUGGAGUACAACCCGAUGUUCGUACCUGUAAACCAGGAUUUGAAUAACGAUAUAUAUUUUAUUGCUGUCGUUGCUGGCUGCAGCGCAGCGGCGAUGUUUGCUCUCGUAUUAAUCGCUUUGACAUGGUGCAGGUUAAAACGGGGUGCUAAAGCGGCUGCUGAUAUAGAAUAUCCAGCUUACGGUGUAACUGGUCCAAAUAAAGAGAUAUCACCAUCUGGAGACCAAAGACUCGCGCAGUCUGCCCAGAUGUAUCACUUCCAACAUCAGAAACAACAAAUCAUCGCUAUGGAAAAUCGUGUUUCUGCAACCAGAGACCCAGGCUCUGUAUCCGAAGCAGAGAGCGAGGAGGAAAACGAGGAAGGAGACUACACUGUUUACGAAUGCCCAGGACUGGCUUCUACUGGUGAAAUGGAAGUAAAGAAUCCGUUAUUCCACGACGAUCCAACACCGGCGACACCGGCAAAAACUAACAAAGAAGAGGACCAUAUAUAGUUUGACUAAAUUCCGAAUAUAUUUGAUUUUAAUAUUUUUUCUGGUGCUUAGCUCACUGUUAACGUACCAUAUCGGAAACAUUUAUCUAUAUAUCGAAUGUACGCAACUUUAAUAUUUGUACGACGCGGGAAGUCGAGAUAGAAAAUUAAGCGAAAGAUCUGACACGAGACCAUUUUUGCGUUUUGUGAAAGAGUUUACCACGUGAAACGAUGAACAUUCUACCGUCGUUAAAACCUAUCGUGUUUAUUUGAAAACACAUAUUUUUUAACUCCAUGAUGUACUAUAGUUUGUACUUUCAUAGCAAGUACGGUUAGCCAUAUGAUUGACAUUAUUUUUCUACUCACCGUUAGACUUGCAACAUAGAGUACGGAUUGGAGAUUAUAACUACGUAUAACGUUUAAUAUCACUUUAUACCUGAUUAUAAUUUUUCAAUAUAGUAAUAACGUUUAUCGCAUGUUUUCACCAACUCUUCCUUUCUCUACGUAUCGAUAACUAUUGUUCGUCCACCGAAGAAAUUUAUUAUUCCUCUAUGAUUCGAAAGUAUCUAGUACUAACUUAAAAGUAGAUAUACGUUCUAAAUCAGAAUUUCGGUUUAGGCUUAUGGAAUUAUCGUGGCUGUUAAUGGUACAUUUUGGAUUCAGUUGUUACGACGUUCGUAAAAAUAUAUACAUAUAUACAUAUAUACAUACAUAUAAUGUGUAAUCACAUUAAAUUUGAUAUUUUCUCAAGGCAAAAAAAAUAUUUAAUGUCACAAUAAUCGAAAGAAUUUCGUGUAUCGUAGUACACAGAAAGUUUAUUUUACGUGUAAUUCGUGACUCGACGUAUAAAAGUACGUAACACUUUGUGUUAACAUAGUUGUACCAACGUUUAGCACAUUUCGUGCGCGCGCGUAUGAAGUAACGACGAAAAUGAUAGAACAACUUGCAUCUUGCAUGUGCUGUUGCUUUUGGCAUUACUCCUGUGAUUUAUAUCACCUAAAUGAAAAUUCUGUACAUAUAUUAUAUAUUUGUUACGAAGAAGCUGUUCCUUUAAUAUUGGCUACUAUACAACGCUCUAUAUAUAUACAUAUAUAAUUUAUUGGCUUGAAGCAGUGAUAAUACGUAUUUUAUUUUUCUAUGAUACCUAUAAUACUGUUAAUCUUAAAACAGUUUUAAGAUAAAAGAGCCUAUUAUCGUACCCAACACAAGAUAUAGAAACGACUAUUUAUUUUGGCAAAUUUUAAGCACUACGUGUAAUUAGCGCCGACUAUGUAAUUUUACUCAGAGUUACUAUUUACAUCCCCGUUACAUGUAUAUGUAUCAUAUAAUAGAACGAAAGACGAAACAUCUCCUACAGAUUCGUCCCUUUAAUAACAUUCGAUCGUAGAUCGAAAAUUAAAACACAACAGCAUGAAUUUAUUGUUAGCCUUUCAAUGCCUUUACAGCACUGCAUCGUCGACUAUAUAAAUUCGUUAAAUUUUAUAGAAAGGACACUAUGAAAGGACAAUCUGUGUA